ACGUCUGAUGUGGGCGGGAGUGAGCCAAAGUGUGCUAAAGGAAACCAACAACGGCCUAGGGGUGAAAGGACAGCCAGGGUUAGAUGUUCUAAAGAGGCGGGAGCAACCGAGAGAGCACGUGAGCAUCUGUCCUUUCUACCUGUUCCUCUUUGUCUUUAGUGUUCGGUAGCAGCGGGGAUAGCCCGGGGCCCGGUGUAUGGCCACGGAGUUACAGUGUCCGGACUCAAUGCCCUGUCACAACCAGCAAGUAAACUCUGCCUCAACCCCAAGUCCCGAGCAGCUGCGACCUGGCGAUCCGAUCCUGGACCAUGCAGGGGGAAACAGAGCCUCCAGGGCCAAGGUGACUCUCCUCACGGGGCACACCCAUUCUAGCCUGCCGGCCGAGCUGGACGCUGGGGCCUGCGUCGGCUCCAGCCUCAACUCAGAGAGCAACAGUGGUAGUGGUGACAGUAGCAGCUAUGACGCACCACCUGGCAACUCCUUCCUAGGGGACUGCGAACUCUCCCGGCAGAUCGGGGCGCAGCUUAAGCUGCUGCCUAUGAAUGAUCAGAUCCGGGAGCUGCAGACCAUCAUCCGGGACAAGACAGCCAGUAGAGGGGACUUCAUGUUUUCUGCGGAUCGUUUGAUCAGACUUGUUGUGGAAGAGGGAUUGAAUCAGCUGCCAUAUAAGGAAUGCAUGGUGACCACUCCAACAGGAUACAAGUAUGAAGGAGUGAAAUUUGAGAAGGGAAAUUGUGGGGUCAGCAUAAUGAGAAGUGGCACUGGAAAUACUGUAAUUGAAGCUGUAAAGGUUCUUAUAGAACAUGGAGUUCAACCCAGUGUUAUCAUCCUACUCAGUCUGUUCUCCACUCCUCAUGGUGCCAAAUCAAUCAUUCAGGAGUUUCCAGAGAUCACAAUUUUAACUACUGAAGUUCAUCCUGUUGCACCUACACAUUUUGGACAGAAAUACUUUGGAACAGACUAAGUUAUUUAAGUAAAAUAAUUAUCGUGUGUAAUAUUACAAUCAUGUUUUGAUUUUCUAUUUGUUUUACUGAUUCAAUUGAGAGGCAGAGAAAAACAUAUUAAAAUGCUUUUUAGUUUUGGAAGUGCAUAUAUUUGAGGUUAUAUCUCAUUUAGUUAUUUGUUUACUGUUGGCACCAAAUUCAACAAUGAAGUACAUGGCACUCUUUCAAAACAUAAAUUUUAAUAAUAUUCUAAUGUAAAUUACUGAAUCCUCAGUGCAUUAAAAUUAUUUCCUAAUUUAUGAGCCUCUUAUUUUGGAGAUUGCUUGAAGCCACAAAUAAAACUCAAAUGAGAGUCAGUUCUUUGUCCCACUGUAGUUUGCAUUUUGUUUAGUUUGGUUUUAGCUCUAGUAAGGCUUCAUAGAUGUGGCUAUUGCCACAUUCCUGUACUGUUUUCUUUCUGAUACUGGACAUGCUAAUAACUUGGAGAGGAGAAUAAAAGAAUGUCUCCUGGAAUUUUACAUUCCCAUUAAUGUCCUCAUUCAAUUGGCAGACCUAGGAUGUAUGGUUAACUCUCAGGCCAUUAUGUUCUUCAUGGCUCAUUUCCCAAACUGCAUUGUUGGUAGGUGCCUUGCUAAGCUGUAAUGCAGUGAAGAAGAUGGUGGGGCAUUUUCACUAAUUGGAACUGUAAUAUUAAUUUACAAGAUUGAAUCGGGGAUAUCUGGAAGCUGACAAGGGAGAGCCAAGUACUGUUAAUGCCAUCAAUCCUCUAGGAAGGAAUUGGUGGUUUUUCUGAAGUGUGGGAGAAAGGGUGGUUUCUUGCUGGAUUUCAUGGCCAGUAAGUAAAUUUAAAUGCUUCAUUUUUAAUUUGGAUGUUUCUGCUAGAGACCUUUGAUUUGGAAAUUAGUUAUUUUGCAUGUUUGUCAACUGUAGAUGUAUUAAAAUAGAAAAAAAAACCAUGCUUUUUAUAAAAACGCCUAAGUUUUGUAUAUGUUCAUCUUUAGGCUUCUGAAAGGAGAGAAACCAUUUUGGAAAUCAAUGUUCGUGUUCUGAAAUCUGCUUGUAAAACUCUGAUCUCAUUUUACAUUGAUAUUAAAACAUUUUAACAGUG